AACAAACGACAUCUUACGCCGCACCUUUCCGGCCGCUCAGCCGUUCCUCUACUUAAGUCCCAAUAAUUUGGAUUUGCUGAACCAGUGACUGACGAGUUACUGCUCGGAGCCUCUCGCGCCCACACAGGACAUCACAAACAGGAAGAGGCACCAGACGCAGAUGAUCUGCACGUUUUUUGGGGGGUCAGAACGAGAACCUCCCAGCAAUUGAAUGGCCCAAUUGGAGGAAGAUCCUGAACCUUGUUCAGCCGGUUUUAUUGGGUUUUAAAGGCAUGUGAUCAGUGUGUGAGGAGCUCAGAGCUGGAGAAGCAAACCGCCGCCCAGGAACAGAGACGUUCGAUGUCGUGAGUGUGUUAAAGACCAGGAAAAGCCCUCGUCAUGUUUGGGAUGAUAAGAAAUUCCUUGUUUGGUGGCACUGAGAUCAGACCCUGUCAGACCCUCAGCUCCGAAACCAAGGGAGACUUCAGCUACGAAGUUCGGAAGUACGAGCCGGCAAAAUAUGCCAGUGUGACAGUCACCGGGAAACCAUUCGACGAGGCCUCAGGGGAGGGGGUGUUAAAACUGCUGAAGUACGUGGGCGGCAGCAACGAACAAGGUGUGGGAAUGGGGAUGACGGCUCCGGUCACCAUCCGUGCCCACCGCGGUGACCAGGGCGGCCUACAGCCCGGGGUCCUCGUGCAGAUCCGCAUCCCCAGCAAAUACCAGGAGGAGCCGCCCCGGCCCACGGACCAGAGCAUCACCGUCCAGCACCAGGAGGGCUUCACCGUCUACUCCACGCAUUUCGGAGGCUACGCUAAAGAAGCGGACUGGGUGGAACACGCCGGCAAUCUGUGCGCGGCGCUGGGGGAGCAGGCGGCCUAUCACCGGGAACACUUCCUGUGCGCCGGCUACGACCCCCCCAUGAAGCCUCUGGGGAGGAGGAACGAGGUCUGGCUGGUCAGGCAGGAGCCCCCGGAGUGACCGCACACACCGUGAGACCCCCACCUGCCCGGUUUGCAGCGAGGCCGGA